GUCUCAUGAAAAAAUGAAUACAUCAUUAGAAGCACCACUGUUUGAUAUCGAUUAUUCAGAAGACCAACUACAUACACCUUUAACAGACGAUCGCUAUACUGAGGUUGAAAAUUUUUGUACACCCGAUUCACUAAAAGCGUCUUGUAACUAUAUCAAUAUUCUUUUAACAAGUUAUGGAUAUCCUGUGCCACUUGUAUUUGAAUCAAACGAUACUCAAGAUACAUGCAAAAUAGUCAAUUGUAUCUAUACUUUAAUUCAUGAUCGAAAGAAAGACGAAAAAGAGCGUGAAGACUAUAUAGAAAUCAUUCAACAAAUGAAAAAAGAACGCAUUGAACUAGAAAACCAAUUGACUCAAGCAAAACGUGAACAUCAACUCGUAAAGAAGCAUUACUCAGAAACCAAAGCAAAACUAGAGGCAAAUGAAGCCAUUCACCAGAAACAAGUGAUACAGAACACCCGAUUAAAAGAAGAGAUCAGCAAAGUCAAGCAUAAUCUACAGUACAUGAAAGCACAAUACAGUCAUGAAACAAAAAGACAUGAACAAGAAUUAGCAAAGACACAAGAUAGACUAGUGACUAUGAUGAACAAUCGACACCAAAUCAAUGUUACUACACUUGACAUGAAUUCUCAUUUUGCUACCACACUUAAUAAUGAAUCUGACAAUGAUGAAAUUGUUCAGAUUCGAAAAAUGUAUACCAAUUUGUUGAACCAGACUAAAGAAAGAGAAAUUCAGGCACGAAAUGAAAGUGAGGAUUUAAGGGCCAGUUUGAUGAAUUUAUAUACAGGCGUACGACGAUUAUUAGAGACACAGAUACAACAGUUUGAUGGGAUCCAAACCAAACAAGCCCCGAGAAAUUCAUUUGAAGAAGUGGCUCGAUUUCGAUUACCUAUGGAUUGUGGUGGUAAAGAAGCAAUUGAGUUAGUCAAUGAUCUGCUGGACAGAUUAAAAGCAGAAUGGGAUUAUCAAAUACAGGAUCAACCACGUAUAUACACUGAACAAGACAUGUUGGAGAAACAAGAUCAUAUCUUGACAUUGGAACAAACCAUAGAAGAGUUGCUAGAUACCAUUGAUCAAACAAAAGAAGAGUAUGAAGAAAAGACAAAAAUGUAUAGGCGAUUUGAACAAGGUGGUUUUUUUGAAACUUUAUACCCAACACCACAAGAUAUACAACCCAUGUCAGAUGAUGAAGAUGAUAUUGUGGUUGAUCUUGUUGAAGGAAGACCUGAGAAAUACAAUGCUUUAAGACAAAAAGCAAUGCAAGAUCAACAUGCCCUUACAGAAUCUGCCAUAGAAUUAGCAAGACAAAGAGAACAACUAGAAGCUGAACGUUGGGCAUUCAACGAGAUGAAAAGAGCACUUGAAAUGCAAGAAGUACUUCAUGAACCAUCCAAUCCUUCUUCUCCUAUAACUCCUCCUACUCCUUCUCAUUUACACAGACAAACACUAGGUGAAUCAGAUAGAGCACGUAAAAGACUUCGAUCCUUUUUAGGUGCACCAUCAGAAAGAUAAAAUGUCAUUUAAAAGAAAAUAAAGGACCUGUCAAAAAAC